UGUCUUAACACUGAAAACAACAAAUCAUCUUUAACCCCACAAAUCCGUGUUUCGUCGGUCAUCUAUCUUGUUUGUAGCAUUUCACGCGAAUUUAUUCACUACUAGUACGAGCUUCUCGAAUAAUUUAGCUCUCCACGCGUAAAACGGUACUGGUAAGAAAAUGUCUCGUGGUAGUAGCGCUGGAUUCGAUCGUCACAUUACGAUCUUUUCACCGGAAGGUCGACUUUACCAAGUUGAAUAUGCCUUCAAGGCCAUCAACCAGGAGGGCCUUACGUCUAUUGCGCUCAAAGGAAAGGAUUGUGCAGUUGUAGCGACUCAGAAGAAGAUCCCAGACAAGCUGAUCGACCCGGCUACCGUGACCCACCUGUAUCGUAUUACCCGUGAGAUCGGUUGUGUUAUGACCGGUCGCAUAGCGGACAGUCGCUCGCAGGUGCAGCGGGCGCGAUACGAAGCGGCCAACUGGCGGUACAAGUAUGGUUAUGAAAUUCCGGUAGAUGUACUGUGCCGCCGAAUGGCAGACAUUUCACAAGUGUACACGCAAAAUGCCGAGAUGCGACCGCUCGGUUGUAGCAUUGUUAUGAUCGCAUAUGAUGGCGAAAAUGGUCCGGCUGUGUACAAAACCGACCCGGCUGGUUACUAUUGCGGUUAUCACGCCAUUUCGGUCGGUGUUAAGCAAACGGAAGCGAACAGUUAUCUGGAGAAGAAACUCAAGCGUAAGGCCGAGUUUGGCGAAGAGGAAACGAUCCAGCUGGCCAUCACCUGCCUGUCCACAGUGCUGGCAGUUGAUUUCAAGCCAACGGAAAUUGAGAUUGGCAUCGUGAGCAAGGAAAAGCCGGAAUUCCGUACCCUGACCGAGGACGAAAUCGAGGUUCAUUUGACGGCGAUUGCAGAGAAGGACUAAGCCGCAUCGUUUCUUUGUUCCAUGGGAAGUAUUUCUAACGCACGGUGGGUUGCUGGUUCUUACAUUUGUAUUUCUUUUCCAUUACAUUCAGAAUAAACGCGGAUUGUAAGAAAUUA